AUUUCCUGAUAAAGUCAGUUGGAGGGAGAAAUUCAAGCGAAAUGGAUGAGACUGACAUAUCGGUGCUGAGAUUCGGCAAGAAAAAAGAACACAAAGAACUUCCAGACAGUCAAGCUGCAAGUCAGAAAUACGAUGAAGUCGAUGGCCAGGCAACUGAGAUAAAAGGUCCCAUUCGGUCAAUUGCAACAAAAGAUGUAACCUACGAUACUAGUAAUCGAAACAUUGGCAUCGCCUUAAUAUUCAAUCACAAAGAAAUCCGAAAUCAAGACCCCCGGAAGGGAACCGAACGUGAUCGUGAACGGGUGAAGAGCAUGCUCAAGCAGUACGGGUUUGACGUGCGGACAUUUGAUGAUUUGACGUUUGAGAAACUCAAUGGUCAAUUGAAAGAUGUUGCCGCAGAGGAUCAUAGUGAUAAUGACUGCCUUGUUGUCGUGGUCAUGUCACAUGGAAUCGAAGGCAAGAUCUAUGCCAAGGACAUGACAUAUCCAGUGGAACGUUUGUGGACACCAUUUUUGGGAGAAAACUGUAAAUCUCUGAUAAACAAACCCAAAUUGUUUUUCAUUCAGGCCUGUCGUGGAAAUCAAUUAGAAAGACCGGUGACAUAUGAAAGUGUGGCACCAAUGUCACGUUUCGCAUCUUCAGUCCCCGAAGAAAAACAAACAAUAACCUAUGCCAUACCGAACACAGCUGAUCUUUUAGUAUUUUAUUCAACUUUUGAUGGCUACUAUUCGUUUCGAAACGUUGAGAAUGGAUCGUGGUUUAUACAGGCCUUCUGUCAAGCUUUCGAGGAAGCAGCAAAAUAUGGCCCCGAAAAUGGCACUGAACUCUUCCAACUUCUGACAACGAUCAAUCGAACAGUGGCCUACGAAUACCAGUCCAUGACCAAACAAGAGGCUACCAAUGAAAUGAAGGAAAUGCCAAACUUUUUAUCAACUUUAACAAAAAUCUUUUAUCUUAAGGUGAAACGUAAAUAAAACUGUCGUGAAAGGAUUUUUUAAUUUUUGAUUGAGUAUAAAAAUAAGUAAAGAAAAUUAAGAUAAGAACGAAGUUGUUUUAAAAUAAUAAAAUAUUGUAUUUAUCAUUACUCAUUGAUUAUGUUUCUGUUUGAGUUUAUUGUAUUUCGGUUAUCUUUUAAAUUGAUUAUAAAAAAAUAAAAAAAAA